UAAAAGAGAAACAUGUGACGUCAAAUGCAGGUUCCUUGCGCCAGAUGGGAAAUCAUCACUUACUCCUUUAAGACGGAAUAGAUAUGCGAAAGCUCGGGAUCAACUCUAAAUUAAUGAAAUAAUAAUUCGCGGUAACUGAUAAUUAUGUAAUAAACUGUGUUCCUUAAUGGCUUCUUCGUUCGCGGAAUAUGGAAGAUAAAGAGGCUUUUAAUUAUCGCGAAUUUUGUUGACUUCGUCGAACUGUCGUUCACGCUAUGUAGAAAAAAGCGGGAAGAAUUGGAUCCCGUACAGUUUUCGAAUCUUGUCAAGGACAUAGCGCAAGUGACGGAUUUCCGAUUAGUCAAACAAGCGGCUGCCUAGGAUCGUUGAACUGAUAGGAGCAGCAACAGUCGGGUCGAUUGAAAAGAAACACUGACAUUCGCUUUCAAGAAAAGAUGGAUCUAGAAAAUAAAGAAACUCUAGAAUCUUUUCUUCCUGAAGAAAAAGAGAUUUCAAUUGAGCCGCCAAAUGCACCCGUCGUUUCAGUUGAACCAAAUGCGGGCAAGGAGCCUCGUCCCGUGCAAAAAUGGUGGCACAUCGACAAGCCGAUGAUUCGUUUCAAAUUGCAUUACUUCUUGCUUACAGGAGCUUUGGGAUCCGUUCUUCCUUUCAUCGCCGUCAUCGCUAAAAACCGACUGAAACUUUCAGCCACUUCCUUCGCCACUGUGCUGGUUUUCGAACAGUUUCUCUUUGUGUUCACAAAACCCGCCAUAGGAUAUAUCACGGAUUACUUGAACAAAUUGAAGACUGUUUUGUGCAUUGUAGCCGUUGGCCAAGGAUUAUUUUUAUUCAUUCUUUUACUUUUACCCGCCAUACCUAAAGGGCAGGCGGAAAUUGAUCAAACGAUGAUCAGCAACAUUCAUAUUCAAGAUGCCUGUACUUUAUGCGAAAAUUUCAGCAACAGUACAAAGGAUAUGGAGACCCUUAUAAAUUCUGCUGGUGAAUCUGGAUCCAAAAUCUGGAUUCGUUGGCCUUCGUUAGAGGACAAAACAUGCCAUUUUUUUAGAGACAAAUCACUAAAUGAUUCGCAAAAGUUUUCCGAUAUCGCCAUCCCUGCGGAAUGCAAAGCAACAAGCGCAAAUAGUUCAUUUACAACAGAAAAGAAAACUAUAAAAUUAGGAACCGUAGAGGACGAAAUAUCUUCUGUCCAACCGUACAUCAGUACUUUUGAAUGUCCACGAAUGCAGAAUGAUUCUUGUGCAAUUUUUGUUUAUGACUGUGUGCUAUGUUGCAAUGCACAAAGCUGUUACUACAAAGUACAUCCAGUGGAUGCAAAACGGCUCCAGAUAGUCACUUCAAAGAAAACCGACUUCGAAACAUAUCAGUUUUGGAUAUUUGCCUUAGUUUUUACUAUACUUAAUGCUUGCAUCAAUGCCAUCUUUACACUUUCUGACACAGCCUGUUGUGAAAGCGUCCAAAAAAAUGGCGCAGAUUAUGGCAAACAAAGACUUUGGGGAGCAGUUGGUUGGGGCUUGCUUGCCCCGAUUGGUGGCUUGUUGACUGAUUACACUGGCGAUUACAUGGCUGUCUGGAUAGUUUUCGCUGUCUUGUCCUUCUUUAUGAUAUGGAAUAUACUAAAAUUAAAUCUUGUUAAACCACAUUUUUCGAAAGACAUCCUCAAGAAUGUUGGAACCAUCAUGAAGGAAAAAGAAUUCCUCUGUUUCGAACUUGGCGUGUUCGUCAAUGGUAUCGGAUUGGGAUUCAUCUGGUUUUACCUGAUGUGGUUCGUCACAUCCAUCGGUGGUACUCGUCUAGUUUGCGGUCUGACCCAGACAGUGCAGUGCUUCGUAGGGGAACUUCCAUUCAUGUUUUUCUCCGGAUGGAUGCUGAAGAAAAUGGGAUAUUUCAAUAUACUGACUAUUUCUCUACUGGCAUAUUGCAUUAGGUUCUUCUGGUACAGCAUUCUGGACAAUCCCUGGCUUAUUCUUCCAAUCGAAUGGACUCAUGGCAUCACGUAUGGUGUGUUCUACACUUCCAUUGCUACUUAUGCAAAAAUGAGUGCAAAGCCUGGUACAGAGACGACAACUCAGUCAGUCAUUUUUGCAACUUACGAUGGUUUAGGUGCAGGUUGUGGAAAUAUUGUUGCCGGUUUAGGAUUCGAUUACAUCGGACCUCACGCAACGUUCUUUUAUACUGGCAUAUUUUUCGGCUGCUGUUCGGUUUUCAGCAUGCUGUACACCUUUUUCAACAGAAGAAAGAAGAAACCCGAAACAGUCGAAGAAACAUGAAAGAUCUAUCCAUAUUUUUACUGCGAUUGUGAUUUUGUAUCUUUAUUUUUUCUGUCAUUUCUGUUGCUAUAAAAUGUUAAAGUAAUUUCAUAAAACUAAAAAUUGAAAUAUCAUUUUUCACAAGAAAUUUGUAUAAUAAAGAUACUUUUAUA